AGAGCCAAUCAGGCGUCGACGCUGUCCUGGGGGGCGAGGAUGAGGGGCUUCAUCAUCUGCUUUGUUUUAGGCGUUUUCUGCUCCAUCCUGGGCACCUGUCUGCUAUGGAUCCCAGGCUUCGGUCUUGUGGUGUUCGCUGUCCUCUACAGCGUGGGAAAUCUCUGCGCUCUGGGCAGCACCAUGUUCCUGGUUGGUCCAUUAAGACAGGUGAAAAACAUGUGUGCUAAAGAGAGAGCCAUCGCCACCACCGUCAUGCUGGUGUGUUUGGUGCUGACGCUGUGUGCAGCUUUCUGGUGGAAGAACAACGGACUGGCUCUGCUCUUCUGUGUGAUGCAGUUUGUAGCCUUCACCUGGUACGGACUGUCCUACAUCCCGUUUGCCAGGGACGCUGUCAUCAAAAUGUUCUCCCUGUGCCUGUAGAAGCCCCGCCCCCUCUGUGUGACCAUCUGUCCAAUCAGGACACAGGAUCAGCCGAGGGGAGCUGUUGAACAUUUCAUCCUCACUCAGGUGUCUUCAAACCAUAUUCCAUGGAGACGACAUGUAGCUAGUGUUACCUUUUAGCAUUUUAUCCUGUUACCUGUCCUACCUGAGAGACCUGAUGUUUCUGUUUGAUAUAAUGUGCCUUACUCUGAGAGAGAGAGGGAGGGGGGAGAGAGAGAGGGAGGGAGAGAGAGAGAGAGAGACAGAGAGAGAGACAGAGACA